AUGGAACAGCGCUCUGAGAGCCAAGCACUGAAGAGAAGCCAGGAGGGACCUUUCUAUUCGAUCUUGGAAACUGAGAGACUUUGUACUGCCUGGUUAGAACAAGCUUCUGGCCAUUAUUCCAUUUAUCCAGAGGCAGAAGGGACCCUCUUGCCUGUCACUAGAACACUUGCCAGUUUCAACAAAGAGCCUAUAGUAUUGCCUAAGGAAACAGUGUUUCCUCUUACAAGGUACAAUCUUGGCUCCUCUGCCACGAGGGGGGGUGUUCUUGAAAAUGUGCUCCAGAGACCUUCCUAUUUAACCAGGAUGCAAAUUGCAUUGCUACAUAAUUCCCCCUGCUGA